GAAAGAAUGAUGUUAUUCAUGGUUCUUCAAGGUGUAUUAAUGUUUGUCUGCCAGAGUGUAGUGGACAGCAGAGGGCCACACCAUCCUCAUGGUUCGCCUCACUACAGGCCAACCCCUGGUUCACCAAAAAUCACUAUGGAUGCCGAUUUACUUCAUGACACUGGACAUAUACAGGAAGAUCUUGGUAAAUCAGCCAACAUUGAAGAUUUGAACAAAUUAUCACCGGAAGAACUUGAAUUUCAAUAUUUUAAACACGAAGAUACAACAGAGGCAGCAGACAAGGAACCUGGCAACCAUGCCCCUCCUACUCCUAGCGAUUUCAAAAGCUCACCUUCAACUCACGAAGGGAACAUUUUCCAAAACCCGAACCCUAACAUUCAGCACAGACUUCCUGCUCAGAUAUCCCCCCACUCAUCGACCAAAUGCCAAUCAUACGUUGACUUCUUCCGAGGUCGAAACAUGUCGACUUCCUCACAAGACGAAGUAAUUAUAAAGGCUAUUGAACAAAGACAAUCAUUGAAGGAUGAUUUUUUUUUAAUUAAAAAAAUGGACAUUAAUUUAAUGGGGAGAUUCGUAAUAGUCAGUAGGAAUAUAGUGGAGAAUAAAAGAGAGAAAAAAUAGAUAGAGGGAAUAGUUCGGCUAGAGAGAGGUAACUAGCGGGUCGAAUUCGAUAGUGGAUCGCUUGCCAAUUAGGACUAGCGAUGGAACUACUGUUGCGUUAAGUCGGGUCAAGAACUCGACCAUGAAGACUUGGAUGGUAUCGGAUGGUCUCUUCAGCUACCAUAAAGGGUGCAACCAGAGGGUA